AUGAAGCUCCACGUGUUGCUCCUGGCGGUGGCUCUGGUAUGUGCCUUCCUCCAGCGGAGUCAGUGCCGAAUCAUAAACUCGUCAGGUGCACGUGAAGCCCCAGGGCAAACGGACCUCUCGCGGCCUCUUCUUCCUAUCCUUAUGCGACUGGGAGAGGAUUACUUUAUCCGACUGGACAAUGCCAACCAGAACGAAGACCCGCCUUCAACCAGAACCGAACCGGGUCCAGAAGCCCUCUUAACUACUGUUAAUCGUGCGCUGCAGCUCCAGCUUACACAGAGGCUCCUGCGAGGCAAGGUUGGUGACGUCGGUAAUUUCAGCGGUUUCACUGGCAGUCACACCGACCAGGCAGAAACCUUCACAGAGCGCGAGCGACGGUCCGAAGAACCUCCCAUUUCACUGGAUCUUACGUUUCACCUGCUCCGAGAGGUGUUGGAAAUGGCUCGCGCCGAACAGUUGGCCCAGCAAGCCAAUAACAACCGCAAAAUGAUGGAGAUUGUUGGGAAAUGA